AUGCCCUCGCCUGGUGGCUUCAGUCGGCGUAGCGGCGACAGUUUCCUGCUGCCCCGGCCGCCGCCGGUGACGGACGUGGGCUGCGGGUGCCGCACGCCGAGGCUUCUCAGUUCCAUCUACUCGUCGCUCAUGUCCCGGGCGCGCGGAGGGGGAGGCCGUGGCACCAAGCCCAAGUCGCCGCACGCGUCGUCCUCGUCCACCGCCACCGCCUUCACCUCCAGCACCGCGGGCGCCACCACCGCCACCACGGCGUCGUCCCUGGACGACUCGUGGGGCCUCGCGACCUACGCCACCAACAUGCUCUACGAGGACGACCCGGAGGCGAGGCGCCAGAAGCAGAGGACCACGACGAGGACGAGGAGGCGCAGGAGGCAGAGGAACCACGGUAGCGGCAGAAGGCCGGAGAGGGGCGUGGCGGUGAUGGCGCGCGGGGAGGAGGUGGAGGAGGAGGAGGCUGCGGUGGCGGUGGAGGUGGAGUCGGCGACGCCGUACGAGGACUUCCGGGAGUCCAUGGUGGCCAUGGUGGUGGAGAAGGAGAUGUACGCGUGGGAGGACCUCAACGCGCUCCUCCACGGCUUCCUCUCGCUCAACUCGCCGCGCAACCACCCGCUCAUCCUCCACGCCUUCGCCGACCUCUGGGCGCCGCGCGGCGGCCUCUUCUGCCCUCCGUCACCGUGCCUAGGCCUCUAG